AAAUCAGGUAAAAACGGAGAAAAUGAAUUGUUCUGUUGCAUAUUAUUAUUAUUAUUUCCUUGUAAUAAUUUUAGUUAUUAGUAAAUCAGUAAAUGGACAACCAGUUGUACCAGCAUUGUUUAUAUUUGGAGAUUCAAUAGUUGAUGUGGGUAAUAACAAUAAUCUUCAUACAAUUGUCAAGUCCAAUUUCAAUCCUUAUGGUAGAGAUUUUUUAUAUCAUCAGCCUACUGGAAGAUUUUGUAAUGGCAAACUUGCUACUGACUUCACUGCUGAGACAAUAGGAUUCACUUCAUAUCAACCAGCAUAUCUCAACAAGGAAGCCACAGGGAAAAACCUAUUAAUUGGAGCCAAUUUUGCCUCUGCUUCUUCAGGCUAUCAUGAUAGUACUCCUAAGAUAUAUAACACACUUUCAUUAAGUAAGCAGCUGGAGUUCUACAUGGAAUACCAAAAAAAAUUAGAGUUAAUUGCAGGAAAAACCAAUGCAACAUCAAUAAUUACAGAGGCAGUUUAUCUGAUUAGCGCUGGAAGCAGUGAUUUCCUCCAAAAUUAUUACAUCAAUCCUCUUCUUUACAAACUUUACUCUCUUGAAGAAUUCUCUAAUGUUCUUGUCCAACAAUUUGCUGAAUUCGUUCGUAAAUUAUAUUGGCUUGGUGCAAGAAAAGUAGGAGUGACAUCUCUACCACCAUUGGGUUGCUUACCGGCUGCAAUCACUAUAUUUGGAGAAGACAGCAAUGAGUGUGUAGAACACAUAAACAAAGAUGCAAUUACGUUCAAUAAUAUGCUUAAUUAUACUGCAAAUGAGCUGCAGACUCAACUUUCUAAUCUUACUCUUGUGGUCUUUGACAUCUACCAACCACUAUAUGAUAUAGUCACUAAGCCUCAAGAUAAUGGGUUUGUAGAGGCAAGGAAGGCAUGUUGUGGAACAGGAUUGGUAGAGACAUCAUACUUGUGCAAUUCAAAGUCACCAGGAACAUGCAAUAAUGCAUCUGAGUAUGUAUUUUGGGAUGGUUUUCACCCAUCUGAAGCCACCAACAGAAUUUUGUCUGAUGAUCUCACUGCAGCUGCUAUUUCCCUCAUCUCUUAGAUUGCUACAUACUUCUACUAUAUUACUAUUUCAUAUUUGCCUGAAAUUUAUUUUUCCAUUUAAUAUUAAUUGUAGAUAAUUAAGUAUCUUGUAUUUCAUUAUGCUGCUUGCACAAGUGUAACAUUGAUGUAUUUGAUUAUUUGUUGGGAGAGGCUUGCACCAAUUUAUGGUGCAACUAUAUUGUAUUCUAAUAUUAUUUAUGCCACAUUUGGUUAUUACUCUGAAA